AUGAAUCCGUCUUCCCAAGCGAACGCCGGAUUCCAGCGCGCUGCGACCAAGUUCAAGCAAUCCAUACCCAAGACCUUGUGGGACCAGUUCGCCUAUGACAGCAACAGCCUCUCAUCUCUCAACGCCGAAAUCAAGGCGAUCCAGAAAAGCCAUGGAGAGAAGGGCUCGCUGCGAAAUAUGGCUCGACUGGGAAAUUUCAUCGAAGCCAUGACCCAGUUUGGCAAGGUGAUAGAAGUCUUUGUCAAUGCGAGCGAGUUUGUCUGCUUUGUUUGGGGUCCGAUGAAAUUUCUCCUUGGGAUUGGAAGCGCUAUCCCCGGCCAUCUGCUCUACAAGGACAUGUUCAGCGAACAUCAAAAUCUUAAAGUCAUCUUGGAAGACUACUACUCUGACGUCCUUCAAUUUCAUGCAGAGGCCCUGAAGGUCUUUGGACGAUCCAAAUUCAAAGAUCUUUUUCAUGCAACGUGGAAAACAUUCGACAGUCGAUUCGGUCCCAUUUUGCAGAGUCUCCAAAGUCGGCGAGAGUUACUGGAGAGCGAAAAGCUCUCGGCGUCUCUUGACCAUAUUCACAAUGUUCGACAGAGAAUCGAUAAUCUUUACCAAGAUCAAAUACGGGCUGUUGACGACAAAGUGCGAGAGAAGCAUCGAUCUAGAAUGACUCUGAUCAAGGAGAAGCUUCGCGCCCCAGAAUACUACCUUGACCAAGAGGUUGCGGCUGGGAAAAGAGAAGGGCUCAAUACUGGUCGCUGGUUGUUCGAGGAAUCGCAGUAUACCUCUUGGUCGGAUCAUACCGUCUCUGCGCACUCGAUUCUGUACCUCAAUGGUAUACCUGGGGCUGGAAAAACCACUCUCGUUUCUUCGAUCAUCAGCAGACUUCUUGAGAUCCAGUCCUCCAACCCGUCGCUACCACACUCCGUGGCGUACUUCUACUUUAAGCACGGGAACUCGGAGAAGAACAAUCACGACAGCUUCUUGAGAGCCGUUCUAACGCAGCUCAUCAGUCAAGAUACCGCGACGUCGCAGGAAUUCUUCCAGAAGCUAUCAUCCCAAGCUGACGUCAACAUUCGGUCUAGGGAGAGUCUUCAAACAUUGACUAAAAGCGCUCUCGAAGAGUACCGCGUCUCUUUCCUGGUCCUCGAUGGACUCGACGAAUGCGACCGAGAACAAGCCGAGGUCACCGUCAAGUGGCUCUUGUCGCUUCUUAACGAUGAUCGGUACAUCCAUAAAUCAAGUUUGCGAAUCCUGUUCUCUGGGCAGCGAGAUGGGCUUUUGGAUGUCCUCCUUUGUGCUUACCCGACAAUCUGUUUGGAAUCCUCGGAACACACGGCCGACAUAGAGAAAUACUGUUUUCAACAUUUUGUCUUUGGUUUCGACAAGAUCACAAGAUACGAAAGAAUUACUGCCAGUAUUUACGAGUCGGAACACGAAUCCGAGCGGGAGACUGCACAGAAGAUCAUCGCUCUCGUGGUCACUGCAAAACGGGACCUGAAAUGGCGAGAAAUACAGUCCUUUUUUUGCAUCGACAGCAGCAAUGGGACAGUUGAUCCCGAUGAACGAUUGCAAGUCAAAGCCAAAGAUCUUUGCGGCUCGCUUGUGGAUGUUCACCCAAUCAACGGCCAAGCAAGCGAGCAUGAAUAUGCUGUGCGGAUUGUUCACGAUACUGCUCGAAGAUACCUCAUCAACAAGAAGAUAGUCAACGACGCUCUCGAGAAUGCCCGUAUUCUGUCUUUCUGCAUGGAAUAUCUGACUUCUGGGCCGUUCUCAAGAAUCAACCGAUCACACACAGUAGCGGCACAUGCCCGGCGGGCGUACUACUCGCUUCAGGAUUACGCCGUCGCACACUGGUACGACCAUGCCACUGAGCUAGCAGCUAUCCGAAUGUAUGACUCGGAACAUUGUCCUGAAAUGUGGGAAGAGUCUAUGAGAGCAGCAAGCCUGUUAGCACGUUUUCUCGUGGACUAUGGCAGCUCGGUCGAUGGGAUCGGGGGAGGCGAUACUUCCGUGUCCUUACAAGCAACAUUGGACAAGCUACCGAGCUACGAGAGGGAUCGAGUCUCACUUCUCAACAUUGUGCAACGGACGACUUGGAUUCGACAAGAAAUAGAAAACCUGGAGAAUCUUGCGGACGACGAAAAGCAAAUUCUGGCCGAGCUUCAUGGGUCAAAUGUCGGCUACAAGUGCCACAAGCCUUGGUGUCUUAUGUUUGCCACCGGAUUCGAUAAGUCGGACGAGCGAGAAAGCCAUAUGAAUCGCCAUGAACGUCCCUUUCUCUGCCCCUUCCACGGCUGUUUUGGAUCCAUUGUAGGAUUUGAAUCCAAGGUCGUUAUGGACCAACAUCACAAGAAGAACCACUCGGACGCACCACCGACAAUACCACGCUUCCCAACACCCAGGAGAACCAGAACAUCCCUCGAUCUUUUCCGAGCAGCUUCACGGGGUGACAUCGACGAAGUUACACAACUCCUUGAUAAUGGGCACGACGCAAACAGAACAAAAGCAACACUCUUCAAGACUCCACUGUGGAUAUCUGCAAAGAAUGGCAGUUACGAAGUGUGCAAGCUCUUGAUCGAGAGAGGUGCGCAUUUGAACCAACCUCAUGUGCGUGGGUACCAGAUCCACAACCUACCCCUUGCGACGGCCUCUGAAGGGGGGCAUGUCAGCACAGUCCACUUGCUUCUGAAGGCUCAUGAGAAGAAGAAGCAUACUCUCUAUACCUCAGGAUUCUUGACGGCACUCCAAGGAGCAAUCCAGCGGAAUCAUUUGGAACUUUUCGAGUUGCUUUUGUCCUUUUAUCGGUUAAUCAAUUUUAAAGAUACGUGGGUCUCAAGACGAAAAGUGCUUCUUGAAGCCUGUGGUUGCGCUCAAGUCUCCAUGGUCAAGCUGCUCCUUCAGAACGGGUUCCAGUCAGAGGCCGAUUACUCCUGCAUAGAUGCCUGCCUGUCCAAAAUGAAGGACGAACCUGAGGUCUCGGAUUGGGCGGUACAAAUACUGGAAGCGUUGCUGUCAACUGGCCAACCCGAAAUCACAAAUAUGGACAGUUGGUUGAUUUCGGAGGGACACCAAGCGAUUGUUUUCAUGAUUCUGUCAUAUCCAAAGACACGUCUGGGGCGUUUGUCCCUCAUAGAUUUGCUCGAUUUAGCGACCAAGAAGUCCUCCGCCAAUAUUGUCGAUCUGCUAAACAACCUCCUAGCAGAGGCGAUUGCAGCGGAUGAGAACGAAAUCAUCCCAGACUACAUCCAAGCGACUGCUAGACUCUCUGCAAACGCUUCAAGAUCCUUGGAGAGUGAGACAUCAGAUUCUGAUUAG